AUGGCUUCCAUGGGGUUUAGCUAUGCGCAGGUACAUGUGCGGCAGGAGAAGGUCCGGCAGAGGAUCAGCCAACAAGAAGCCGCCAACAACUCGACCGUGAAGAACAAGAACAAGAGUAUCGGUGAAGAAGACAAGAUCAGCAAGAAAAACUGCGACUCAUGGGCCGCCGCCGGCAGGGUGCAUCCGUGCGCAUCUUCCACGGCGGCGGCGGCGGCUGGGCCGGUGCCGGAGAGGUGA